AUGGAAUGUAACAAACGAUACCGAAGAAAUACAACAACGAAUAGGCAAAAAAAAUAUAUAUCAUCAAAUGAUUCAUUUGUUUUUGGGGAAGUCAGUUCGAAUGCUGAACAAUUAAGAAGGAAAAGAAGUCGGAAUAAUGCUAUGCGAAGUAAUCGUAAUCGCGAUAUGAAUGAAGUUAAGCGUAAUCGUGGUAUGAAUGAAAGUAAUCGCGGUAUGAAUGAAGUUGAUCAUACAACCGAUGAACAGCAAUCGUCUCAUGGUAAUGCAAUUGUUGAGGAAAGUGAUAUACCAGGAUUCGCAUAUGACAGUGUAACUAAACGCUACUAUAGAGUUCAACCGCAAGCUAGUGGUCCUAAUAUUGGAUUUCGUGAAAGUGAUUUAAAAGGCAAUCGGCAACAUAAUUUAUUUAUGGCUGAACGUGAACGAUGUUGUACAAAAUCGUGCCCUUCUGUUUCGUGGUUACCAAAAAUGAUACGGCGGAGAGAAUUAUACGGCAGCAGUAUGUCCCGAUUUACACGUUUGGUUGCUGAGGGAGCACUGCGUGGCGUCCGAAAAGAGCCCAGUUACGUUCAGAGAGGAUAUACCGACAUUGAGACAUUGCAUUCCUGUCAUUAUGUGGACAUUAGUGAUGAUGGAAAAACCAUUGUUGGAUGUUGGUCAGUGAGACAUCAGCGGGGUGAGGGAUGGAGAGACAUAUGUGGUGCGCGAUUUAUUUGUUUCAAAGUUACAGCAGGCCAUUAUGACAAGACGGAAAGUGUGUAUUGGAAUAAGUUCGGGUUAAAAAUUCGAAGCAGUACAUAUGGUGCAAAUCUGGUGAAGUCAAAUUUAAUGGAUAUAUGUGUCGAGCCGGUAAACGACAAUGUCACAUGUGCAUUGUACGUUACGACGCAAACUAUUGUUACUAUGCAUAAUCGAUUUUCAACUUUAAGUCGAGUUUGCAUUGAGCCAGUAGCUGAAUUUUCCUCAGUUUAUGAUGCAACGGAAUUGCAUUUACCUUCAUAUAACAUGAGAUGGACAUGUCAGAAAUAUGUGCGUGCAAUAGCUUUCAAUAGAAAUCGAAUGGGAAUUGGAAUUGGUUUGGAAGAAAAUGCAGUAUUUUUGGACAUUUCGACGGAACGAACUACUCGUAUUAACAGUCUGGAAAGAGGUGUCAUGAGCCUAUCUUUUAAUGCGGAUGGAAAUUUAUUGUUUAUGGGUUUAAUAGGUAAUAAUGUAACUUGUUCCGAUUUGCGAAUGAAUAACCGAGAGACUGUUGCAACCUACAAUGAUACGGAAAGUGUGGGUUGGCUGAAGACGUUGCGAACAAAGCCUGAUAUGCUUGUUACUGAAGAUCAUGUUGGAAUUAUAAAAUUUUGGGACAUUCGAAUGGUUAAGCCCCUGUUUAGGAUUGAAGAUAAUAUAAAUCCUUAUAAUAAAACGCCAAUGCAUCUCGAGAAGGAUGAAAGGAUUCUCUUCUCAGCUACCGCAGACGGAAUUACACGAGCUUGGUCAACUUACAACGGAGAGAAGUUAUGUGAGUUCCCGAGUCAUGAUCCGAGGAAUUCAUCGCGGAAACCGAAACUUGUUUAUGCAUCUAAUUGGGGUGGUUUCUCCGGCAACGCUGCUAUUCUUGUAGCUACUGGAAGUGAAUUUCAUGUUCAUGAAUUAGUAUUAUAA